UACAAUUACAAAGUAGGAUAUGAGCUGAAACAAAUUGAACAUGAACUAGAAUAUAAGAUAAAUGAAGUAAGCUUAUACAAAAGUUAAAUAAAAUAUAACUUAAAACAACUUGUAACUUAUACAUAAAAUGAACUAUGUUUGCUCAAGUAACUUAAAAGGAAUACCUAAAAUUAAAAUGAGAUAUUCGAAAUAUCUUCCACGAGCGAGGGGAUUUAGCCAAUUAUAAAGCGUGUUACAACCAACUGUACUGGAAGAUCACAAUGGUGUGUAACACAACUGAUAGCCCCAACCACACUGAUCAUCUAACAAUUUUAGAAGAGGAAAUCUUUAAAAGUAUUCUGACAAUAUUUUCUUUCGUUGUCCUGCUCGGAAAUCUGACUAUGCUGUUUGGAUUUGUAUUAAAUAAGAAACUACGAACGCCAAAACAUUAUCUCCAUGUAAACAUGGCAGCGUCAAAUAUCACAUUGGCUCUUAUAAUGUUGGGGUCUUUAUAUAUUCGAAUCAAUGGUGAUAUCCUCUGUCUGUUCACACAUUCGUUGAUUCUCGUUGGAGUGUAUUAUCAUGUUCUCAGUUUAUUAUCAAUUACUGUUGAGAGAUUUAUUGCUAUCAAACAUCCUUUUAUCUAUGCAGCUAAAGUGACGACAAGGAACGUUAUCGUAUGUAUUGUAUCGUCGAAUUUGCUGUGUGUGACACUAGGGGUGUAUCCCCUCGUCAAGAUGCUGAUCACCGACGGUGAUUACGAUGGAGAUACAGAGGGUUGUCAUUUAGGGGAAAUUUCCCCUGUCGUGUACGCCAUGCUGCAAGUCAGUUGCAUGUUACUCAUUCUAAUCGUAAUGACAGUUCUGAAUGUGAGGAUUCUCCAAUCUGUAAAUUCAAGCUUCCGGUUUGCGCAAUCGACGGUUCCGGUUUCAACUCGGAGAAAAAGCCUUUUGGUUCAUACUCUUAACAAACGAAAAAUCAGGGCAACUAUGAUGCUAUCAACUGUAAUAAUAUAUCACAUCAUAACUUGGACUCCUCCAAUGAUAACCCUGCUUUUGUCAUACAUUGGUUUCAACAUUAGCCAACUCGUACUUAUUUCUACACUUACGGGGGCGUACACAUCUACAACGCUUAAUUCCGUGAUGUAUGGCUUUGUGUACAGAGAAUACCGUACAACGUGCGUUCGAGCUCUCUGUAGCAAAAUAAGAAAAAACAAUAGGAAGACUAUAUGUCACAUAAAUUCUAGCACAACCACAACAUAUCUGUAACCUCAUUGAAUAAUGCAUCAACGUUGAUUAAAAUGGAGAUUUAUUCGUGUUUUCGUAAGUUUAAAACUGUUGGUUUUGUAAAAUUGUACAUGGUGUAUCAGAAUUUCGACCCACUUAACAAUGCAUAUCUUAUUAAUAACACAUAUUAUUUGACACAUAUUUUGACAUUGUUAGAAUUUGUCCAAUGAUCCUUAGGUUGUCAACGUUCCAGCACUGCACUAGCUUAUGUUUGUCCCAUUGGUCAUUUAAAGAACCCGCUAUAAAUUUCUACCACCUCUCUGCAGAUAGACUUGUUCAGGAAGUUGUCGACGACAGUAUGCCUCUUAUCCUAAAAAUGAUAUGUAUGUCAACGAACUAAGAAACAUCACAGAGGCCAAACCAGAGAUAAGACAACAGAUAAAGACGUGUGCGAGUUUGAUUUGCAGAGAGGUAGUAGCCAUUUUGCUUAGUAUUUGGAUCACGUUCUUUAUAUGGCCAGAAAACGGGCAAAACCAAUGUUACAGUGAUGGGACUUUGUCAACUCAAAGAACAUUGAACAAACCUUAAUUAUGUGAACUAAAUAGUUGUAUCCAAUUGUAACUUCGGACUUAUUCAUUUCAUAUGUAAUACUGACUUACAUUUUAGUUAACUAGUCUUUCACCUUGAAUGGGACUUGAAUAAACAAAUAUAAUUCAAGACCUGUAGCACAAUGUUAUAACUUUUAUCUCUGUUAAUAUCCUUGUUAUUUCUCGAUUAGAUGACCAAGAUUGCUAUAUAUAAAUAUC